AUGGGGUAUUCUCCGAUUGCCUUUCUUGUAAACGUCGUAGAACAACAGUGUGUCGCACAUCGCCGGCCAGUGACCACGACUCGUAUCUGUGUCCAUAAAAGUGAUUCUCUUCCCUCCAACCCCCUGCACGUCCACUUCACUCUUCCUUUCAUAAACCUCUGAGAUCUUCCCCCUUUUCCUCCCAGUACCUGCACAAUACAUAUCUUCUUAUCCACCUUACCUCCUGUCACAUGUCAGAACCACCUCAGCCUAACUUUGUCUCCUGCCUGCCCAGCCUGAGCGGUUCCUUUGACGUACUCAUUUCUAAUCCUGCCCAUCCUGCUCACUCUUAACAUCUUCAGCUCCGCCUCCUGUCCUUUUGUCAGUGUUUCCAAACUGUCGCUAACACUGACUGAAGACAAACCACCACCUUCAGUAGUGACAGCAGUUGAGAGGAGCUCAUUACCUCCAGACGUGUGGUGCCACAGAGCAGGAACCCAAGUCAAGUCCUGCCCCUGAGAAGUACAGAUAGCUGACAACUAAGGGAAGCUGCUGAUUGGGUGGUGAAAUUCCAAAGCUGCAUGGCUGCAUCACCGAUGACUAAUCCCGGCGCUCUUCUGAACAAACUUGUCCCGGACAUCAAGUUGUUCAAUGAUGAAUCAGCUGCAAAAGUGAAGCCGUUCCUCUGUUUCAGAGACUUUGAGAGAUGCCUUCAUUUCAUCUCUCCUCGACUUUUGUCUUUACUCUGUCAUCAGUUAGCCGACUGCAGCUGGUCCAAAACGCUGCAGCACAGUUACUGACUGGCCACAUCUCCUGCACCAGCAUCCUCACACUGGCUGCCAGUUAGUUUUCAAAUAGAUUUUAAGAUUUUGUUAUUCAUUUUUAAGGCGCUGCAACCUCAUACCUUUCUGAUCUUUUGAAUUGGUACACUCCUGAGGUCACUGAGGUCUGCAGAUCAAAUGCUCCUAGCUGUCCCGAGGUCCAGAUUAAAGCACGGAGCCUUUGCUGUGACCUCAGGACCUCCCCAACAUUGGACACUUUCACAGCCCGUCUGAAAACCCACUUUUAUUUUUCAGCUUUUCAAUCAGAAUGAGUUUGUUCUACUUGUAUUUGCCUUAUUUCUUACUCAAAUCUUCUCAUUUUAUGCUUCUUUUCUUAAAUUUCGUCAUGUCUUCCUUAGUUUUUAUCUCUUUUGAUUAUCUUAAAUGUACAGACCUUUGGUCAAACGUUGUUUUAAAUGUGCUGUAUAAAGAAAUUUGACUUUGACUAACAAAGUCAAACCUAAGCUAACAAACACAAAGUGAGUGAAGAAGAAACACUUGUGGGAAUCCCCCCGCAGCCUCGACCCACUGAAGCAUAACUAAGGGGGGGUUCAGGGUCAGCUGACCCAGCCUAAGUGUAUGCUCUAACCCUGAUCUUUAAACUAGAGAAGUCUUUGUGUUUAUCGAAUCCAAACUACGAGCUGGUUUCGAGACGAGGCCCCUGAAAGCUGAAGGCUCUGCCUCCCGUUCUACUUUUGAACACUAGAAACCACCGGUAAGCCCACAGUCUGCGAAAUGCUUCCAGUUUCAUUUCCGGCGGCAGACUGCUUCUCACAUCUGUACUUCACAUCUGUCCACAGCGACAUCUGCGACAACUGCUCACGCUCCCUCAUCUGUCUGGACCAGGAGGUAAGACUGGAAGUAACAAAGAGCUGCGGCCGUUUUUUAAAUUUGCAUAUUAAACAGUAUAACUGACUCAGCUCAGAAGAUCCUUUUCCCAUCAUGAAUGCCAAGCUAACCAAAAGCAGGCAGAGAGCCAUCUGCUCUGAGCUGGGGAGAGUCAGGCUGCAGCUGCUGUACAAGGCCAGCGUCCACGGCUUCACCGGUGCAGCAUUUCACCAACAAUGUGACCACCGCUCUCCCACUGUGUCCGUGGGCUACAACAACUCUGGUUUUGUGUUUGGAGGCUACACCAAACAACCCUUUAAUCAGUCUGGAGGGUUUGUGAAUGAUGAUAAAGCUUUUCUUUUUACCUUCACUGGAGAGCAGCUCCUCAAGUAUCCCGUCACUGGUCCUGGAAAUGCAGUGAAAAUGAUCGGAAACUCUGGACCUUAUUUUGGAGAAGCACUGGUUCUUGUCCAUGGAAGCAAGCCAGUAGCGUACAGCAGUCCAGGAAAUUAUUACAACUUCACUGCUGCAGAGAUGCAUGGCAAUGAUCUCAACCUGACGGAGUGUGAAGUCUACCAAGUGGAGGAAAGCUCUGAACUUGAGAGGCCAUGGAGGACGAUAGUGUGGGAGUCUGAGAAGAGGGCGGGGCUGAUUGACAGCAUUAAGAGCUACAAACCCACAGUCAGCUCAGUGACCCAGGCGCGGGUUUUGCUCAUCGGACCAGUCGGAGCUGGAAAGUCCAGCUUCUUUAACUCUGUCAACUCUGUAUUCAGAGGCCACGUCACCAGCCAGGCCAUAUCUGGCUCCUCCUCCACCAGCCUCACCACACAGUUUCGCUCGUACUCUGUGAAAGCCGGGCGUGAAGGGAAACCUCUGCCGAUAAUCUUGUGCGAUACCAUGGGGCUGGAGGAGAGCAAAGGGGCGGGGCUUGACAUCGAUGACCUGAACAGCAUCCUCAAAGGUCACCUGCCAGACUGUUAUCAGUUCAACCCUUCAGCUCCUCUGCAUCCUGAGGCCCACGGCUAUCACAAGUCUCCUAGACUCAAAGACAAGAUCCACUGCGUGGUUUAUGUCAUUGAUAGCUGUAAGAUCUCUAUCAUGCCCACGGGGCUGGAGGAGAAACUGGACGCCAUCCGCAGAAAGGUCAACUUAAUGGGUAUUCCUCAGCUGGUGCUCCUCACUAAAGUAGAUGAAGCCUGCCCACUGGUGAAAGAGGACGUGAGAAACAUUUACAAGAGUGGCUACAUUAAGGAGAUGAUGCAGGAGGUCAGCUCCCGGCUCGGCGUGCCGUUGUCCUGCAUCAUUCCAGUGAAGAAUUACAGCGAGGAGUUGGAGGUGGACACUGACUGUGACAUCUUGUUGCUCAGCGCCGUCAUUCAGAUGCUUCGCUUUGUUGAUAAUUACUUUGACGAGCUCAGUGACCGAAUGAGCAACAUGCAAAUCAAAGAGGCGUGCCCCGCCUCUCGCCCCAUGACAGCUGGGACAGACCCGAACCUCCUGACAUGGAUGAUGUCGGAUGGAGCCUCCGGCCGGACAGGUCCACAGUAACACGUCACUACGUGGUGAUCGUGGGAACUCUUUCGACUCGAUGUUCAAAAAGCCAGGAUGAUGGUGUCACAUGUAAAUGCAGCGUCGUCAUUUUGUUUAUGCUUUGUUUUGUUUCCUAUUUCUACUUCAUGGUUGUUCGUGUGGUUUAGAUGCUUCAGUUUUGCACUGUUCUGGUUCAUCAUAGUCAUGUUGCUGCUGUAUGCCUCCAGCUAUGCCUUUCGGAUCUGCAACAAUAAAGGUUGUUGAGCAUUUUGGCUUCGUUGUCGUGAAUCCGAGUCGCAGUUUCCCCGUGAACUCUGUGGUGAUGAUACACUCGUUUUUUUAAAUAGAAAUUUCAUUAAGUUUAUAUUCGGUUAGGUUUUAUAUGUUCUCUGACUGGUAACUGACCACUUAUGACUUACAGUGACAAAGUUACAUCAUUUUAAAUUUGAGGAUCAUUUGAAUAAACCAGUACCUGCCUAAAGUCUAAAACCCACGGCCAUCAAAUGUUGCAUCUGGGCUUCAGACUUUCUGCUGAGUGUAACCUGUAAACUCUCUUCAUCCAUUGUUUGUGAUGUUUUUCCAAAUCAUGGAAAUAAUUCUGUCAUCAAACCCACUUUUUGUAUCGGGUCUUUUUGGGUCUCAUAGAAGGAAAAGCAGUGAAAAGGCACCAAACAGAUAAAAAUGGCUGCAAUUUAUAAACAGUCAGUUUUGUAAAAUUCCUUAAAUUUCAGCUGAAAGUCUGAUUUGAUGAUUUCAAAUCCUCAGAGGUGAAAUCUGCAUCAUUGUCUGAACACUGAUUGGUGCAAAUGGCAAAAGUUUAGUUUGAAUAAGUGAGCCAGCAUGCACCAUGUUUGGGAAUACACAAGUAGUUGCUCAAAUGACUUUGGAACAAUACGAAGUUUUGUGAGUCUGCA